AUGUAUGCAGGAAAAGACACUUUGGACAAGCCAUUGCCGUUGAAUCCUUUUGAGUUAAGCGAGGAUUCGGAUGAUGGGAAGCAGCAGGCCAGAUCUAAAGAUGAUAUUGAAAUGAAUGCAUUGGGCAGCAAAGAGAAAUCAGAUUAUCAAACAUAUACAGUCGAUACCGGAACAAAAACAUCUUUGAACACCUUGAACCCGUUUCUGCCGGCAAAUCCAUUUUCGGACGAAUACGCCUCCUCGGAAAGCAUCAACAAUUUGAAGAAAACAAAUGGUCAAAAUCAAACUGAAGAGACGAAAAACCUGCCACCAUUGCCGAAUUUCAAUAGCAUUCCAAGCGCUUUUCCUGCUUCCGAUAUAUCUACAAGAAAUGCCGGUUUAGUGAAUGGUGGCAUGCCUCAAAAAGGACUAGACAGUUCAUACUCUCCAGAAAACAAUGUACCAAUUACUCUUCAUCAUCAAGAUUUCCAUCGGCGUCAUUACCAUCAUCAUCAUCACCAUCAUUCUCAUCUUGAUCGGCAUUAUGCGAGGGAGGAGGACAUUCAACGCGUAAAAUCAGACAAGAUACACCGAGUAUUAUGGGGAAAACGAUUUGCAGGUCUUCCUUACUUCACGAUAUUAGUGACUGCAAUCCAAUGCAUAGUGUUUCUUUAUGAACUCAUCAAGAUGGGUGUUUAUACAAAAACGGUUUUCCAGACUAAGCCGUACUUCAACCCAAUGCUAGGGCCUUCUUCCUAUGUUGAGAUUAACGUGGGAGCUAGAUAUACACCAUGCAUGGCAUAUAUAGAUGGCAUUACCGAUAAAGAGGGCCUUGAAUGGCCGUGUCCAAACUCCACAUCGUAUUCUACAGAUGUUUGCUCUUUGGAAGAGCUUUGCGGUAUGUCUGGGUUUGGCAAAGAUGGAUCCGGAAAGCUCAACCCAAACCAGUGGUACCGAAUGAUCACCGCAAUAUUCAUUCAUGCUGGAUUUGUCCAUAUCUUAUUCAACUUGUGUCUUCAGCUUUUUGUGGGGUGCAGAGUUGAAAGGUUUGUAGGUGUGGUAAGGUAUGCUAUCAUUUACAUGGCGUCGGGAAUAUCCGGCUUUCUUUUGGGAUCCAACUUCACACCGGAAGGAAUUGCAUCCAUGGGAGCUUCGGGGGCUCUUUUUGGCUCAUGCAUUGCAGUUAAUCUUAUUUUACUAAUUACUAAUGGCAACACGGAACACUAUGGCAUUACAUUAAAGACCCGAAGGGCCUAUUACUUGUAUUUAUGCGGGUCAUUGAUUGAAAUAGCGGUUAUGAUCUUUUUGGGCUUUCUCCCCGGUUUGGACAACUUUUCUCACAUUGGUGGCUUUGUGAUUGGUUGUGCCCUCAGCAUUGCAUUAUUGGAUGAUCCCAAAUUCGUUUACCAGCCGGAAUUCUACGAAAACAGGCCUGGCAACGUUACUUUUCUGGAGUGUCGAAGAUACAAACAGUUUAUCUACUGGUGUGUUGCCAGAGGAGUAUCUGCAAUUCUUGUACUUCUCUAUUUCAUAUUUUUGGCUGUGAAUCUUGCUAAAAAUGGGGCCAGUGCCUCAGAGAGCUGUAAAUGGUGCAAGUAUUUAAAUUGUCUACCAAUUCAUGGAUGGUGUGACCAGGGAAGUAUCUCUAUCGAGAAUAACUGA